CGCUGUCACAUUCCUGCCGCCUGAGUCAGGCCCGGAGGCGGCGGCGGCACCAGGAAGCGCUGGGCCCGGGCCAUGUAACCGAGCCGAGCCGAGCAGAUCCCGGCCCGGCGCGGCCAUGGGGGACGGGGCAGAGGAGGAGACGGUGGAGCUGCCGCUCACUGACGCAAACCUGACUGGCCAUGAAGAGAAAGUUGGCAUGGAGAACUUUGAACUACUCAAGGUGCUGGGGACUGGAGCAUACGGAAAAGUGUUCCUGGUGCGCAAGAUGACAGGCCACGACAUGGGGAAGCUGUAUGCCAUGAAAGUGCUGCGCAAGGCGGCCAUUGUGCAGAAGGCCAAGACCACAGAGCACACACGCACUGAGCGGGCCGUGCUGGAGCAUGUGCGGGCAUCGCCCUUCCUAGUGACCCUGCACUAUGCCUUCCAGACUGGCUCCAAGCUGCACCUCAUCCUAGACUAUGUGAGUGGUGGGGAGCUCUUCACCCAUUUGUACCAGCGCGAUCAUUUCAAGGAGGAGGAGGUGCGGAUCUACGCCGGUGAGAUCGUGCUGGCACUGGAGCAUCUGCACAAGCUGGGCAUCAUCUAUCGGGAUGUGAAGCUGGAGAACAUCCUGCUGGACAGCGAAGGGCACGUGGUGCUCACUGACUUUGGCCUCAGCAAGGAGUUCCUCACUGAGGAGAAAGAUCGCACCUUCUCCUUCUGUGGCACCAUCGAGUACAUGGCCCCUGAGAUCAUCCGCAGCAAGUCAGGGCAUGGGAAGUCCGUCGACUGGUGGAGCCUGGGGAUUCUGAUGUUUGAGCUGCUGACAGGGGCCUCGCCCUUUACACUGGAGGGGGAGAAGAACACACAGGCCGAAGUAUCCAAACGCAUCCUCAAAUGCCAGCCCCCGUUCCCCACUGUCAUCGGCCCCGUGGCCCGCGACCUGCUGCAGAAGCUGCUGUGCAAGGACCCCAAAAAACGCCUGGGCUCGGGGCCCAAUGGGGCGCAGGAUAUCAAGGCGCACCCCUUCUUCAAGGGCCUGGACUGGGUGGAAUUGGCUGCGCAGCGGGUGAAGGCUCCGUUCAAACCCAUCGUCCGCAGCGAGCUGGACGUGCGCAACUUUGCCGAGGAGUUCACCCGCCUGGAGCCCGUCUACUCGCCCGCUGGGACCCCCCCGAACCUGGACCGCGUCUUCCAGGGCUACUCCUUCAUCGCUCCCUCUAUCCUGUUCAACCACAACGCCGUCACCACGGAUGUGCUGGAGCUGGCACUGAGCGGGGAGCGCCCAGGCAGUGCUGCCGUGGCACGCAGCGCCAUGAUAAAGGAUUCUUCAUUCUUCCAGCUCUAUGACAUGGACCUGAAGGAAGCAGCACUGGGCGAGGGCAGCUUCUCGGUGUGUCGCCGAUGUCAGCAGCGUCAGGGUGGCACCCAAUUCGCUGUCAAGAUCAUCAGCAAGAGGAUGGAGGUGAACACCCAGAGAGAGGUGAUGGCUUUGCAGCUGUGUGAGUCUCACCCCAACAUCGUCAAACUACACGAGGUGCAUCAUGACCAGUACCACACGUACCUGGUGAUGGAGCUGCUGCGAGGGGGUGAGCUCCUUGACCGCAUCAAGAAGAAGCAGCAUUUCAGCGAGUCGGAGGCCAGUCAGAUCAUGCGCAGCCUGGUGUCAGCUGUCAGCUUCAUGCACGACGUUGGCGUGGUGCACCGGGACCUCAAACCUGAGAACAUCCUAUAUGCUGACGAGUCAGAGGGUGCCCCAGUGAAAGUGAUUGACUUCGGCUUUGCCCGCCUGCGCCCCUCAGGCUCACAGCCCAUGCAGACGCCUUGCUUCACGCUGCAGUAUGCCGCCCCCGAGCUCUUCACUGACGAGGGCUAUGAUGAGUCCUGCGACCUCUGGAGCCUCGGUGUCAUCCUGUACACCAUGCUGUCCGGACAGGUGCCUUUCCAGAGCAGCCAGGAGGGUGGCGCGCUGACCCAUGCGGCUGAGAUCAUGCACAAGAUCAAGGAGGGGCAGUUCUCACUGGAGGGCGAGGCCUGGAGGGGGGUCUCCGAGGAGGCCAAAGAGCUAGUCAGAGGGCUGCUGACCGUGGACCCUUCCAAGCGGCUGAAGAUGUCGACUUUGCGCUACAGCGAGUGGCUGCAGGACGGCAGCGCCCUCUCCUCCACCCCGCUCAUGACCCCUGACAUCCUGGAGUCCUCAGGGCCUGCCGUGCGCUCAGGGGUCAACGCCGCCUUCAUGGCCUUCAACAAGGGCAAGCGCGAGGGCUUCUUCCUGAAGAGCGUGGAGAAUGCCCCCCUGGCCAAGCGCCGCAAGCUGAAGAUGUCAAGCACAGGGGCAGAGGCCCGGCGGAGCUCCUCCUCCUCCUCCUCUUCUGGCUCCUCCUCAGCACUCCCCGCCCGGCCGCCCCGCCCCAAACCAGCUGGCCGCCGCCACAACCCCCCCUCGUAGCGCCUGUGGGUUGGGGGGGGGCUAUUUAUUGUCUCUGUUGCUUGUGGGGGAGAAUGUGGGUGGGUAUCUCAUUUGGGAUUUUUUUGGGGGG